AUGGACGCCGACAUCACUGCUAUCCGGGAGGGCAACCUGGUCAAAGUUAAAGAGCUGGCUGAAUCUGGUUUUCCAUUUGACAAACAAAAUGAAUUCGGGAAGACACCACUGAUGGGCAGCAUUGAGUACGGUCAUCGAAAUAUAGCAGAGUAUCUAACAGAUAAGGUAUCACGUCAAUCCCUGUUGGUGAUGAAUCGUGAACAGCAUUGGAAUGCUUUGCAUCUAAUCGCAAACUAUGGGCGUCACUGGCCUGACAUAUGGUCGAACAUUGUGCAAAAAGCGCCGGUAUGCUUAAAUCAUGUCGACUCAGAAGGCCGAACACCAGAGCAGCUACUUGAGCAAUUGUCUACAAGCAGUGAGAGGCAUGCGAAACUUGCUAAAAUGUUGAAAGCAGAGCUUCCAUCCUUCGUCAAGGAAUUAGACGAGGAGUCCAUAUCAAAUUAUUUAACUGGAUUAGACGAGCAUGCAGAGGAAACACGAAACAUCAAAAUUAUGCUCAUUGGACAUGAAAUGGUCGGGAAAACUUGUCUGGUAAAGCAGCUGUUCGGGGAACAUAUUGAUUUGCAGAGUCAUCACUCAACCAAUGUUGCGGAACUUCAUCUCCGAAGACUUUUGUUGGACAUGCGGACACUGGAGAGAAUAUCAGGCACUUCAGCGAAGGACAUUGUACUUGAGCGACUUCGUAUGGUUAUCAGUGAAAUCAAAGACGGUAACCCGAAUGAUUGAAACAGAAUCAAACAUGACCA